UGAACCGAAUAAUGGAUUGUUACUUUACCCCAAAUAUUCCGUCUUUAUCAAAGCUUGUUAAUUUGCUUGAGUUGUGACUUUGUGUGGUUACUAGGCAUGAAAAAAUGUCGGUUAUAUAUAUGUGUGUGUCUCUUGUACUAACCUAGCUGCUACUGCUAGAGAACACUGUAACAUGGCUUCCAGUUACAACUUAGUCCUGCUUAUCUUGGUCAUUGCUGGUGCAUUUCUCGAAUCCAAUUGCAAGCUCACUAAAAAUUUCUACAAAUGCAAAUGUCCAAAAGCAUUGUCCAUUGUGCAAGAAGAAGUUAUAGCAGCCAUAAAAAAUGAAACCCGUGUCGGGGCUUCCUUGCUCCGUCUGCAUUUCCACGAUUGCUUCGUAAAUGGUUGCGAUGCGUCGGUGCUGUUGGACGACACUUCAAGCUUUGUUGGUGAGAAAACAGCAGUUCCUAACAACAACUCCAUUAGAGGAUUUGAAGUUGUUGAUAGAAUUAAAGCUAAGCUUGAGAAAGCAUGCCCUGGAGUGGUCUCAUGUGCUGAUCUUCUAGCUCUGGCUGCCCGUGAAUCUACAGUUUAUUUAGGAGGUCCUCCAUGGAAAGUUCGUUUGGGAAGAAGAGAUUCAACCACUGCUAGCAGAAGUGCUGCUAACACCUCCAUUCCUCCACCAACUUCCAACAUAAGUGCUCUCAUUUCAAGCUUCUCAGCACAAGGCCUCUCGUUAAGGGACUUGGUCGCUCUUUCGGGUGCUCAUACUAUUGGCCGUGCAAGGUGCACAUCAUUCCGCUCACGUAUCUACAACGAAUCCACCAUCAAUGCUGCCUUCGCCAGGUCAUUGCAGGGAAGUUGCCCGAGAAGCGGAAGUGACAACAACCUUGCAAGCCUUGACCUCCAGACCCCAACACAUUUUGAUAACUUGUACUACAAGAAUGUGUUGAAAGAAAAGGGACUUCUUCAUUCAGACAAUGAGCUCUACAAUGGAACUUCUUCUACGGAGAAACUGGUUAAGAAAUACGCAAAUAACACCUUUGUAUUCUUCAAGCACUUUGCCAAGGCCAUGGUCAAAAUGGGAAACAUCCAUCCUCUUACAGGAAGUCAAGGCGAAAUCAGAACCAAUUGCAGAAAAGUGAAUUAAAAUUUCACAACAUGGAAUCAUAUAAGUGUGUAAUUAGUCUUUCUUCACCCACUCCUACUCUUGUACCCUUUUUCUCUUCGACAACAGCCGCCAAC